AUGCCGCCCCCGCCUGUGCCGCCUGCGCGGGCGACGCGGCAUAAUACGCGGCUGGCGACGGGCGCGCUCGCGAGUCCCCCGGAGGCGAAGGGGAAGGAGCGGGAGAGGGAGCGGGAGAAGGAGAAGGGCGUGCUGGAUAGCCCCGGGGCGUUGGCGGUGCUGAGGGGGUGCACGAUCUUUGUGGAUGUGAGGACGGAGGAGGGGGAUGAUGCGGGUGGGCUGUUUGUGGAUAUGUUGAGGGGGCUUGGAGCGAAGAUGGCGACGAGGGUCGGGUCGCGGUGCACGCAUGUGGUGUACAAGAACGGGCUGAUGAGCACGUUGACGCGAUAUCGACUGGUAAAGGACCCAAAGCCGCUCGUCGUGGGCAUCGCGUGGGUCGUGGAGUGCGUCGAGAAGCGCACGCGCGUCGACGAGACGCGGUUCCUGGUCGACCUCGCCCUGGCAAACGUCGCGGGGGUCAAUCGGGUGCGUCUCUUUCUUUGA